AUGUAUCAACGUCGCACAGCCAAUCCAGAAGUUUUUGCAUACUUAUGCACACACUGCAAACGGAGCGGUGGAAGAAAUGUAUCCAUACAGGUGAAAGGUGAUCUCUUUCUCAGCGAUCCUGCUGGAUUACCUCAUGUUUGUGCUCCUUUAGAACGAACUAAAGAUAAAGCCUGUCUGCAGAAGAGAAGACAGCAUCCGGCUGGAAACCACCUAGGAACGCAGAUGUACUGGUUAGCAGUGAUUGGAAAGGAAGCAGUACGAAAUGGACUGUUCGCACUAAUUGCCGAUGGAAUACACCAAUUGAACCUUAGGAAAAGCACAAGGGCUGCCACUAAUAUGGAGCGAGACGCCACUGCUGUUCGCAAUGAUGCGAAACAAAAGGGAGCAGGAUUAUCUGGAUGUUUUCGCAAAAUUGAAGGAGGCGCUUCAGACAGCUAA